CGUGGGGGACCGAGCGUGACCGAGCGUGCGGGGCUGUGCGUGGAGAUCGUGGGGACACAAAGGAUGGGAGGGUCACUGGAAUCACGGGGACACAAAGGGUGGGGGAUACGGGAGACGAGCGGAGGUCACGGCGACAUGGAGGAUGGGGGAUGCGGGACACAGGAUGGGGGACGGAAGACACGGAACACAUGGACAUGGGCGAUUUGGGGCACGGGGUGCACAGGCCACAGGAGCAGAAAAAAUUGACAGGGGGUGCAGGAUACAAAGGACAGUGGGAAGGAUGGGGAGUACGGGAAAGUCACAAGGGGGACAUAAAGGGUGGGGGACAUGUGAGGCCCAAAAGACAGGAUGUGGAACAGAAAGGACACAUGGACGCAGAGAUCACAAAGGAUGAGGACUGUGGGGGUUCUGUGGGACACAAAGACAGGGACACAAAGAAUGGGACUUGAAAGACAUGGGAUGUGAUUCUGGACACAAAGGAUGGUGGAUGCAGCGGACAUGGGGGUGACAUCAAAAGUGGGGGAUACAAGGGAUCCCUGGCUGCAAGGACAAGCUGUGGUGGAACAUGAGGAGCCUGCUGGCCUGGGCAGCGGCUGAAGGUGACUAAAGCCUCUUUUUAGCUUAAAAGAGGCUUUGUAGAAUUUAAUAACAGAAAAACAAUUCCGGUGGAGAGGCCAGGAGCUUCCCCUUCCAAAUAAUGAUUCCCACCUUUGAGGGAUGCUCUCUUCCCCUUCUAAAUCAGGACUUAGCCCACAGUUCCCUCGGCGGCUGGAAAUCCAGCAAUGCUCAUUAAAAUACAAACCCCCAGAGAGAAUGGCCACCCCAAAAAAGGCCUUUUCCAGAAAACUCCAUAUGCAACACCUGAGCAUCUUGUCUGGAGUCACACCUACUGCCUGCUCCUCAUCGCUCACCGGAGGAGAACCAGCUGCUGCUUCUACCCCCGCGCCUGGCCCAGCCUCAGGAGCACGGACUGGUGGGAGCAGGUGGUCCUGAAGGAGUUUGGGCCCCAGGACUGGCUGGAGAAGUUUCGGAUGUCCAAGGAGACCUUCUUCUACAUCUGCAACCAGCUGCGGCCUGGGCUGGCUCCGCACAGCGCCCACUUCCACCCCACCCUGCCACUGGAGAAGAGGGUGGCUGUGGCCCUGUGGCACUUGGCCACCAACGUGGAGUACCAGACUCUGAGCCCGCUCUUUGGCGUGGGGCCCUCCACGGUGCAGAGCUGUGUCCGGGAGGUGAGCUAUGCCGUCGUCUUGCUGCUGAAGCCGCUUUACCUCCGGCUGCCUGACGAGAAGGAGCUGGAGAACAUGGCGCGCAUCUUCUGCACGCGCUGGGGCUUCCCGCACUGCAUCGGGGCGCUGGACAGCCUGCACAUCCCCAUCCACCCGCCCCUGCGCCUCACCGCCGACUACUGCAACGGCCAGGGCUGGCACUCCAUCCUCACGCAGGCCACCGUGGAUGGGCUGGGGCAGUUCUGGGACGUCUCCACCGCCUUUCCAGGCAGCAUGGAGAACAGCGCGGUCCUGGAGAGCUCCAGCCUGUGGGUGCUGGCCAAGGAGGGCCGGCUGUGCCCCAACCCUCCCAAGCAUUUCAUGGGGAAGGCACAGAAGUACGUGCUGCUGGGCGAUGCCACGUACCCCCUGCAAGACUGGAUCCUCAAGCCCUACCAGGAGGACGAGAACCUGACCCAGCGCCAGCUGCAGUUCAACUACCGCCUGAAGCGGGCCCACAGCGUGAUCGAGAACGCCUUCCUGCGCCUCAAGGCGCGCUGGCAGAUCCUCCUCAAGUGUGACGAUUGCAGCCUGGAGCUGCUGCCCACCCUCGUCCUCGCCUGCUGCAUCCUGCACAACGUCUGCGAGGCCCACGACAACCCCUUCAACGAGGAGUGGCUGGAGGGCACCGAGCCCACCGAGCUGCCCAAGCCCUGCCAGCCCGCGCCGGCCGCCAUGGAGGACAACCGGGCUGAGCAGGUGCGGGAGCUGAUGUGCCAGUACUUCGAGAGCUGCGGGGAGGGCUGAUGGGCCCGGGGAGCAGCUGCCCUGCACAUCCCUGCUUGCAGACUCACCGUGGACUCUGGCAAACCGGCCCGGUGCUGCCAGCUGUACCAGAGGGCCCAGGGCGGGGAGGGGCGGCCGUGUCACACUCGUCCUGGGUUUGCUGUCGAAGUUUCAGGCAGUGGAAUGUAUUUUGUUCUCAUUCUCUCUCCCAGGA